AUGCUGCUGGACAAGCUGUAUACACUGCUAGCGCAUCUCAACCCGCUGCAGCAGGCUGUCCCCGAGGCUGUCUGGGGGGCAGAUCCGUUGGAACAUCUGGGAGGAUUUCACAGCCUAGACUACAAUGCCGACGCUUCAUUCCGCAGCUCACUUGCUGUCAAUGGAAGCAUCGGUUGGUCAAGCGUUGCGGCACAUGGCACAAGCUCAGAUCGAGGACGAGCUGGCGUCGAUUUCCUCGUGCAGUUCCCACACAUCGACUGGGAUGGUCUGCGUGGCAUCUAUGGCUGGGCUGCACACCAAUGGCAGGCGUGGGCGAGAGGCGAGAUUGUCGUGCAACCUGGCAAAGCGCAGACAUUGAUUCUCCACACUCCGCAGAUACUGGAAUUCUGGGUGGAUGAUGAUCACUAUUUUGGGGGAGACUUCUACAGCUACCACAGAGCUCCGCUGGUAUUGCGCCUGGAGCCAGGUCGUCACCGCAUUGACGUUCGAUUGGUACGCGAUGUCAGAGCUAUGGGCGGCGUAGAGCAACCGAGCAUGCAGGUCAGCCUCACCAUGACAGGUACGUGGCCUGGACUGCAUCCGGUCUUGCGACCACGAACUGGAGCGCUCAUAUCAGACGUGAUUGACUCGACUCGAGGCUCUGUUUUGGCCAGUGCGUGGGCAUCAGUUUUGCUUCGUAACGACGACGACGAAGACAUCUAUGUCUAUGCCGUAGAGGCAACGCACAACGCUUGCCUUGCAGAGCUGGCAUGUGAUGAAGAUGAAAUCCGCUUGGUGCCCGGUCAAUCGCGACCAGUGCCGAUUCGAAUCAGCUGCGUCAGGCUAGACUGGCGCAUUAAGUUGGACUUCAAAUAUCGCAGAGGGCAUGUCCAUGGCCUAUCGUUGACUGUCAUUGCAGACCCUGUGCAUCGCAGUCCAGGAGAAGCUCAUAAAGUCACAUACCUGCACCCAGGUGGCAUAGUCUCGUAUGCAAUUCUUCGCCCGCCGUCGCAGAAAGCUAUCAACGACGUAGGCCCCAACGUGUCUCUUCCUGUACUGCUUGGCUUACAUGGGGCUGGAGUUGAAGCGGAAUGGGAUGAGUUCCGUCUUGCGCUGGAACCGCUGCCAGAUCUUCAUGCCUGGGUCUUGUUGGCUACUGGUGUGACGCCGUGGAGUGGCGAUGACUGGCAUGCUUGGGGUUUUCCCGAUGUAGAGGCUGCAAUCGCCAUGAUUCCUGACUGGAUCGAGCAUAACGAAUGGAGAGGACCUGACGUUGACAUUGACAGAUGGCUUGUGGCCGGACACAGUAAUGGCGGACAAGGGGCAUGGUACACCUUACUCCACCGACCAGACAAAGUCAUCGCCGUUGCUAUACUUUCGGGCUACUCUUCGAUACAAAACUACGUGCCAUACUCUUUCUGGCAACCUGCAGAUCCUGGCAGAACGGCUGUGAUUCAUUCUGCUCUCGGCAGCUACAGGCACGAGUUGUUGCUAUCCAAUGCGAAAGGGAUCCCCGUGUUUCAACAACAUGGCAGCGCCGACGACAACGUGCCCCCGUACCACGCGAGGAUUCAAAGUCAACUCAUCCGCGAGGCAGGGGCUAACAGUACAUUUGUAGAAAUGGAAGGGAAGCCACACUACUGGGAGGGCGUCUUCACGACCGCUGAGUUGCAGGCCUUCUACCAGCACCACAUCGCUCUGAGCAAUGCUGGAACUGCUGCCCCCGAGCUGCAAGACUUUGCCAUCGCGGUGGCCAAUCCAGGCGACACUGGACCCAAAAACGGGGUUCAAAUCACGCAGUUGACGACACCAGGGCAGCUCGGUCGUCUUGACGUUUCGUUUAAUCCACUGACACAAGGUUGCGUGCUACGAACUACCAACAUUAGAAUGCUUCACCUGCCACCUUAUUUCCGCGAAUGCUCCUUUGUCACCCUCGAUAAUCGCAACAUCUCGCUACCGGACCUCCAGCAAGCGAAGAAUUGGACUCUCAUCAAGCACGCAGGCUUGUGGCAAGUAAAGGGCAGCACAGCCGAUAACAUGCCACCAGCCUCUCCCCGCCUAGGUCGUCAAUCAGGCCAGAUGGACUCCAUACUGCGCACCCAAGACAGCUUUCAAAUCGUCGAGCACUCUCCCCAAACAAGACCCAUCGCUCUCCAAAUUUCUCGAAAUCUAUGCCAAUACUUCAGCGCCGACACCUCCCUCACAUCAUCCUAUGCAGCAGCGCUCAAUUCCACAGGAAACAUCAUCAGCAUCGCCAUCGGUGGCUCCCAUUUCUCCCCAAACCUCUCCACAACAACAGACUUCCCUAUCCACAUCAUCCACCAUGAUAACCAAAUACGAAUCCGACAACGACAAGGGGGUCUCGCAGCAAUCUAUCUCCGACCUCUCCCGCUCGGACGUCUGGAACUCGUCGUGUGGGGCAUCGAUGCAGCCAGCUUAGCGAGCGUAGCGCGACUCGUCCCCAUGAUGCCCGGAAGUGGUCAGCCGGAUUUUGUGGUGGCGGAUUCGCAAAAGAUGCUCGCCAUGGGGUUGGAAGGGGUGUUGGCGAUGGGGUUUUUUGAUGGGACAUGGGAGGUUGCGAGGAAUUCGUUUUUGGGUUAA